ACGGUCAAUGCCACCCCCGCUCCCCGCCCCGUGCCGGCUGCGCGGCGGCCGCAUCCCGGGGUCCUGGGAGAUGGGGACCACCGCCCCCAAAGCGGCGGCAGCGCUCGGAGCAACCGGGCGCAGUGAGCGGUAUGGAGCUGAGCGCGGGGCCGGCGAUGGGGCUGCGGAGCGUGUCCCAGCGCGAUCUGGAGGGCUGGGUGGCCGCCCACCUGCAGCCCAGCCCGGACUUCAGCGCGGCGGUGAAGCAGACGGUGAAGUACAUCUGUGACUUCCUCAAGGAGAGCUGCUUCGAGGGCAUCAGCGUCCUCAAGACCGUCAAGGGCGGCUCGGCGGGGAAAGGCACGGCGCUGCGCAACAACUCGGAUGCCGACGUGGUGCUCUUCGUCAACUGCUUCUCCAGCUACCAGGAGCAGGAGCAGCAGCGGGGCCGCAUCCUCUCCAUCAUCGAGAGGCGGCUCUAUGAGUGCCGCCCGACGUCGCCCUUCAGAGUCACGAUCAGCAGUCCACGCUACAAGGACAGCCGGGACAGACCGCGCUCCCUCAGCCUCACCCUCUCCAACACCUCCGGCGAGUCCAUCGAUGUCGACAUCCUGCCCGCCUACGACGCGCUGGGGCAGGUGAGGCAGGAUGCCCGGCCGGACCCCGAGGUCUACGUGAAUCUGUUGGCCACGGGCUGCGGCCCCGGCGAUUUCUCCCCCAGCUUCACGGAACUGCAGAAGAAGUUUGUGAAGUGCCGCCCCGCCAAGCUGAAGGACCUGCUGCGCCUGGUCAAGUACUGGUAUAAGCAGGUGCUGAAGCCGCAGUACCCCAACGCUGAGCUGCCCCCCAAGUACGCGCUGGAGCUGCUGACCAUCUAUGCCUGGGAGCAGGGCACAGGCAGGGAGGACUUCAGCAUGGCCGAGGGCUUCAGCACCGUGCUGGAGCUGCUCGGACGGCACCAGGACAUCUGCAUCUACUGGGAGAAGUACUACUCCCUGCAGGACGAGCGGGUCGGUGCCCACCUGAAGGAGCUGAUGCGCCGGCCCCGCCCCGUUAUUCUGGAUCCCGCUGACCCCACCGGCAUCCUGGGCCAAGGCAAGAGAUGGGACUUGGUGGCCGAGGAGGCUGCCCGGAGCCGCCGGUCACUGCCCUGCGUCAGUGCUGCCCGCUCCUGGAAUGUGCAGCCCGCCCAAUCUGUGACGGUGGAGGUGAAGCAGCUGCGGGGCAUCAGCCUGAAAAAGACACUCAGACCCAGCACCACGGUCUGGGAGCUGAAGCUGGAGAUAGAGAAGGAGUGGGGCAUCCCCCGCUACCAGCAGCGCCUGGCCCUGCAGCAGCCCCCCGGCAACGCCUCGAGCGUGCUGCAGGACGGGGACAGCCUGGCCACCCACUGCCUCUUCUACAACACCGUGCUGCUGCUGCUGCAGACCGAGCCCCAGGAGAUGGAUGUCCUGGUGAAGGACAGCAACAACAAGACCACCGUCUACAGCGUGCGGCCCACCGACACCGUGCGGCAGCUGAAGCAGCAGAUCUAUGCCCGCCAGCACGUGGCCGUGGAGCAGCAGCGCCUGACCUACGAGACCAGGGAGCUGGAGGACCACCGCUCACUGGAGCACUAUGGCGUGCAGCCCCGCAGCACCAUCUACCUGCUGCUGCGGCUGCGGGGCGGUGUGGGACCCCUGCCCCGACGCUUCGUGCCCUCCUGAGCCCCCCUAAACCCCAGCCUGCAGCCCCGUCCCAUCCUGCUAGGAAUAAAACCCGUGGAACACC